ACCCAGCACAACAUGGCUGUUUCCGAUUUUUUGUUCGUGUGUUUGUUGAGUGCCCUGCCGGGUCCCCCUAGAAUCAGCGUGGACGAUGCUAUUCUCCAGCUUUUUCCGAUCAAUAAGCAUAAAUGCCAUAAAAUCGAUCCGAUUAGGGACAUCGCGUUUCAGCUGUAUACGGUACACAAUCCCCUGCAACCCCAAAACCUCAUCAUCGACGACGACAAACUUCUGGCCGAAUCCCAUUUCAAUUUUUCCCAACCCACGGUGUUCUAUUUUCACGCUUUUUUCGAAUCUUCCAGUACUUUGAGCGCCACUCUCAUUAAAACAGCGUAUUUACAACGAGGUGGUUAUAACAUCAUACUUUUGAAUGCCCCUAGACUGGAAGCAGGUCCUUGGUACUACACGGCGGCACGAAAUACCGAAAUUGUGGGACAAUACACUGCCAAGCUCAUCGACUACUUGGUAUCCCGAGGCAUGUACCUCCCCAGCCUGCACCUCAUCGGCCUCAGCCUGGGCGCCCAAAUGGCCGGAGUGUGCGGCGCCAACGUGAAAAGCGGCCGCGUUUUUCGAAUAACGGGCCUGGAUCCCGCGGGACCCCUUUUCAAAAAGUGGCCCAAACACCUCCGGCUGGACAGCAGCGACGCGGAAUUCGUGGACGCCAUCCACACCGACGCCGGGAUUUUCGGGUUUCCGCGAAACGUGGGACACGUGGAUUUUUGGCCCAACAAGGGUAUUUCGCCCCAGCCUGGAUGCACGAAAAUCGAAGUGAAAAGGACGACUCCUGAUAACACCCUUGCGCUCAUUUUCUGCAGCCACUGGAGGGCGUAUCAGUUUUAUGCCGAGAGUGUGGUGAAUCCGCACGGGUUCGUGUCUGUGCCGUGUGAGUCGUGGCAGGAUUAUUUGGAUGGAGAUUGUCGGGCUGAUUUGCCUAUAACCAAUAUGGGUUUUUAUGUAGAUUAUAGUGCCAAAGGUAAUUAUUUCUUGAAGACUAAUGCACAGUCGCCUUUCUCGAUGGAGUGAAGGAGGGAUUAUGGAGAAAUUACGAGUGUUCGAUUUGUGCAAUACUAGUAUUUAUUUAAUGACGCAAAGCGUAAGUUGUAAUAAGAAAUACUGAUAUGUGAUUUUAGUAUUUAUUUAAGCUGAUUAGGCGACAUUUAAAGAUGUACUUUGCAAUAAAACAGAUUUAAAAUAUAUAAAUAACUUAAGGGGGCUUUACUAAGAAAAAUUCCAACAACUAAGUAAAUUAAUAUGUACUUCAUUUGGUGGGAAAUACAUCAUUUUAAGAUUGUGUAUUACAGGGUUGUGUUGUUAAAAAGGGACAAGUGUUGACAUUUCCGAAAUCUGCAAGUUUUGAUAAUUUGAACCUUCUUUUGUAAUAUUUAUUGAAAUUUCAUUAAUUUGAAUUGAUUUUAAUCUGUUUUCUCUCAGAUGUAACAUUAA